CAUUCGUACCGUACCGUACAACAUCACGAACAAACAAUAGAUUCAAACAUUACGCAACAAACAAAAUAGGCACGGCUUGCAUUCUUUUUGUUCACAAUUGUGCGAGAAAAACGAAAAGCGAACCGAACCCAAGAAUGAACGUCCUGGUCGUGGAAGAAUCGCCUCCGCCGUCCUCUCCGAGAGGGGGCGACAGGGCUGGAGUCGAAGCAAGAAAUCGAUUGGAAUCUCGUGGAAGAAUCGGAGUUCCGAAGAACCGAGGGCAAUCCCGACAGCAGCGGCAACGACAGCGACGGGUCGGGACCAGCACCUCGCUUGCGUUCCCUAUCGUUAUUGUGGCCCUCUGUGGUUGCAUCCUAUUCCCCGGGGUGAAUUUUGUCGGAGCCUUUUCGCCGUCGGCGCGAAACGGAAUCAGAGGCCGUCCGCGAGGAACAGGCACCCCCCGCGUGGCUCCCGCUGCGCAAUCGGUGGAACUCCAAUGGCAACCUUUCGAGGGAUCUCCGUCGCCAACAAUCUUGCCCCAGGUGCGAAGGAGAACGCUACGGCCCACGCGAUCGCGCUCCUCCUUUCCCACCACCACCAGGCUUACGACUGCCUCCGGCGACGCAGAAACCCAGGAACCCUCGAAGAAUACAAAACCCGGCGUCUUUGCAAACGCAGCCGCGAAGUUCCGGGCCCGUCCGGGGACCUACCUGAUGAUCCCGGUCAUUGCCGGCUUUGUUGGCUGGCUGACAAACUACCUGGCGGUACAGAUGAUUUUCUACCCCGUCCAGUUCAAGGGAAUACCGAUCUGGCGCAAGGCCGAGGUCCCCCUCGGGCUUCUGGGCUGGCAGGGGAUUGUGCCCUGCAAGACGGCUACCAUGUCCAGAGCGUUGGUGGAAAUGGUCGAGACGCAGCUGCUAACCGUCCCGGAGGCCUUCGCCAGGCUGAACCCGGGGAAGGUGGCGGGGCACCUGGCACGGGCCGUCCCCCAGCUGGGAGAGGAAGUCAUCCGGGACGUAGUGGGAACGGCGGGGGCUGCCGGCGAACCCUUUCCCCUCGGUCUGUGGCAGAAGGUCUUUGGCGGGGGCGGCUGGUACUCGGGCAUUCUCCGGUUCUGUAACGCCAGGGUUCUGACCGGCGUCGUGAAGGAUCUCAUUCGCAACAGCGAGCGCAUCUUUUCUCUCGAGAACUGCGUCGUCGACCAGAUGAUCCUCGACCGGGCCAAACUCGGGCAGCUCUUUCAGAAGGUGGGGAGGGUCGAGCUUGAUUUUCUGACGAACUCUGGCCUUUGGUUCGGUUUUUUGCUGGGCCUCAUCCAGAUGGCGGUGGCACUCGUGUGGGAAAAUCCUUGGGCCCUCUCGAUCGGCGGGACCAUCGUUGGGCUCGCCACCAACUGGCUGGCCCUGAAGUGGAUCUUUGAGCCUGUCAAUCCAACCAAGAUCGGACCCUUUGUUGUGCAAGGAAUGUUCCUCACCCGCCAGAAGGAGGUCGCGGCCGAGUUUUCCAAGUUUUUCGCCGACAACAUUGUCACCUCGAAGCAGAUCUGGAACUCGAUUCUGACCGAUGCGUCCACGAGGCCCGCUCUGUCGCAGGUGCUAGGCGGCCACGUCAAGCGGUUGCUGAGCAUUGCGAGCUUUGGUCUCUUCAAGGGGCUUCCCUCCCCGGAAACCAUAGGGAAGGUCACGGAGUCGGCCAUCACCAACCUGCCGGGGCACCUUUCCGGGAAGCUGCACACAUACGUCGACGGAGCUUUGGGCCUCGAGACCACCCUCAGGACGCAGAUGGAGGCCAUGAGCCCUGCCAAGUUCGAGCGGGUCCUCCACCCUAUCUUCGAGGAAGACGAGCUGACUCUCAUCAUCGCGGGCGGAGUUCUGGGCUUUAUCGCAGGGCUGAUCCAGCAGGGGCUUGAGACGGGAAAGAUCAAGGUGCCGCCGCUGCCGAAACCGCUGCAGGAAUUGAUGGCGCGGUGCAAGACAUCUUGUUCUUCCGCCGUGCAGCGAUUGAAGUGUGUUUUGAAAAAGAAUAACAACAAGGAAAAGGGCAGCAGCCAAAAGAACGGUCAGAACGACAAUGUCGGGUACGACAUUGACAACGGGGACGGAGUGAGCGGUGAAUAACGAAUCGAAAGAAAAUAAAAAGCGUGGAAAAGACAGCGGAAUGAAAUGAAACGAAUCUUCGUUGCUUUUGCAUAGGCACGUCGUGGUAGCCCAGCAGUACGGCGAGACAACAAAAGACCCAAAUUCUUCGCAAGUUUUAACAUACUGGAUGGAUGCAACCGGUUGGAAAUAAAGCGAGAAGUGUGCAUUGGAGGAACGCUGGUGUCUAUUCGAGGGGAACGUGCCACUUGGAGCAGCUAAUCGCAUUUAGUGAAAUUAAAGUCGAUACUCGUCGAGAACGUCUACUUUAUUGGGUGGACCGAUGAGGUGGACCAAAGACUGAGAAAUAGACACAUCCGCCUUGACAUUGAUUGGUCAGGAAUGGAAAUAGUGAAUGUAGCAUGCCCCCACCCUUCUCUUUCGCGUGUUCUUGCAUGGUGCCUACAAUACAAGAAAGAAAUAUUUAUUUUGGUGAUACAAUUUAGUGCAAUGAAACGAUUCGUUGUGUUGUAUCUGCCGUUUCGUGCGCUGCUGGUGGAUUUGGAGUCCUACGCAUCGUGCUUUUUUCGUGAGCUUGCACGAGUGGAUCUUGGAUUCUAUAUCGAUCGACGGCUUCGGUUUUCGUUGGACUUGUUCCCCUUUGUUUUGUGGGUAUGUUUGCAGUAUCAUCUUCUGUUGCAUUUUGAUGCACACCUAGUGAACUCAGGGAGCAUGUGCAAACCCAUCGUUCUCGCCGAUAUCCGAUAGUAAGAACACUUGCGAACGAGUCAGGGACAACAUACCGAUUUCCUGAUAGCCACCAUUAAUGAAGGUUUGUUACUGUA